CACCCGUGAAAAAGAAUUUUCUUAAAUAAACCAACAGCCAAAAAGAAGAAGAAGAAGAAGAGAGGGAGUCCAACUCCAAAUCCAUUGAUUGGCCGCUGCUGUUAGCAAUAUAUAUUAGAUUAAACAACAGCCGCAGCAACGACGCCACUUGCUGCUGUUUGGAAUUGCUUACAUCACUUCGAUUCCUAAGAAGAAGAAUUUCAGUGAUGGGUUGUAAUGAAUCCAAACCAACCAAGGAUGACGAAAAUGUAAAGAAAAUCAGAAAGCCAAAACCUUGGAAGCAUUCUGAGCCGAUUACGAGAGCACAACUUGCGAAGAUUCGUGAUGAAUUUUGGGAUACAGCUCCGUACAAUGGUGGCCGGAAAGCAGAGAUAUGGGAUGCACUUCGAGCUGCAGCAGAAGCUGAAUUAAUCCUUGCGCAAGCAAUCAUCGAUAGUGCCGGGGUGAUUGUUCAGAAUGAUGAUUUAACCAUUUGCUAUGACGAGAGAGGUGCCAAGUAUGAACUUCCCAAGUAUGUGUUGAGUGAGCCGAUUAAUUUGACUCAAGAUAACUGAUUACCGAGACAGAAGAAUACAAUGAUUCAUUUAGAAUAUAAAACAUGUAAAUCAAGCUCAUAAUCUUUAGUCUUUAGGAUUUUUUUUCCUAGUUGAGAUCCCCUCAUUAGUGUACAUUAUACUUCUUUGUCAGCCAAAGUUUUGCUCCUCCAAACCCAUUGGAAUUUAAGGAAGAUUUAUGUUAUA